AUGGACAUCCAACAACUGGCAAAAUUCGCCGUGCCUGCUGUUGUGACGCUGGUGGCAUUUCUUUCAUACUCGUCUCAAUACCUUUUCGACCAUAUUGAACCUGGUCCCCUUACGUUCAAGCAGAGUAUCACGUUCAACGCAUUGGUAGCAUGCAUAUGGAUCAGCUACGCACGUGCAUGCACGACGAACCCCGGGCGUGUACCGCUUGGCUGCAAAGCAGACGAGGCUGAAGGCAUCGACUUGGCGAACCCCAGAGAGAGGGCUGCUUCAAGGCUUCGGUAUUGUCGGAAGUGCGAAAAUAUCAAACCCCCGAGGUCGCAUCACUGCAGGGUGUGCAAAAGAUGUAUCCCGAAAAUGGAUCAUCAUUGUCCUUGGACAGUCAACUGUGUGUCACAUUUCUCGUUCCCGCAUUUCAUGCGGUUCCUGGUGUACGCCGUAUUGUCGAUGUGCUACCUUGAGUACUUUUUAUACCUGCGAGCUGGCGUCAUUUGGAAAAAUCGUCAUAUGCCGAGUUACCUAGGCCCAUCUCCUUGGCAGCUUGUCCACCUUCUUAUCCUGAUGAUCGUCAAUACUCUCACUGUCUUUCUCGUCUCCAUCACAUUCUUCCGCUCGCUUUAUGGUCUAGGUGCCAACGUUACCACCAUCGAGAGCUGGGAGAUUGAACGUCACGAGCAGCUUCUCCGUCGAGCUCGUGCUCUUGGAGGCUACUUGGAUGGGCCCGAUGGCAUUCGACUGAAGAUUGUGAAACAAGAAUUUCCCUACGACAUUGGCAUCUGGAACAACAUCUCCCAGGGCAUGGGCUCAGCAAAUCCCAUUGCUUGGUUUUGGCCAUUUUCUGCAACGCCGAGGACAAGUGGGUUACUCUUCGAGACGAACGGAUUUGAGAAUCCAGGAACAAGCUGGCCACCGCCAGAUCCUGAUCGGAUGCCUCGAGUCGAACGUCCACUAGACCUCCGAGACGCUUUUGUGCAUGACCACGGCAGCCUAUCCCCGGAUCAGGAGAUGGUGGCAUUCAAGCAGCGACAACAAGCAGAUUUCGAGCAGCGGUCUGAUUUCUACGGAGUUCAGAGAAGGAGACCUUUCCAUCAACGGUUCGCACAGGACGGGCUCGCGCCUGGGGAGGAUGAUUAUGCCCAUCCGGAGGACGACACCAGCAGCGGCGAAGAAGGUUGGCGAGACUCCGACGGAAACCGGCUCAAAGAUUACGGUGUAGAUGAAGAUGUCGAGUUCUACGAUGAAGACAACAUACCGAUUGCAGAAUUAUUAAAGCGGCGGAGAGAAGCGCGUGAAUAA